AAGAUUUGAGUGUGAUAAUCAAUUUGUCAUAAAAGCCACUUGAAAUAGUUCAAUACUAUAUCUUGUAUAUGCUGAAGGGGUGGAACUACUUAAGCUCUGCUUUGGUGUUGGGCAAGUGUAUUAUUGGUUGCUUUGGAAGGUAUUAGUCAGGAAAGAACGGGUGGCUCCGGACACUACCUGGUUGCGAGUCAGUCCGUGAGGUGGCUAACCCGGCAUGAUAUUUUAAAGGGUCAUACAACCGGACUAGGCGGGGGAUAUCAUGGCACUUGUUUAUCAGGGAGCUGUGCCAUUGUCUAUGCAUACUGAGACAGUCCGAUGUGAAGCUGUAAGCAAGGAGAUUAGUAGCAAUCUGUCUUUUCUUUCCAGUAAUUCUGUUAAGAAAACUAAUCCUUUGUGCUUAGACACGACGAAAAGAGAACGGUCACGCGGGUUUCGCACCAUUGUUGCUGCUAGUCCUCCUACAGAAGAUCCUAUAGUAGCUGCGGAGCCGCUCACUAGAGAAGAUCUUGUGCUAUACCUUAUGUCUGGAUGCAAACCUAAAGAGAAUUGGAGGAUAGGCACAGAACAUGAGAAGUUUGGUUUUGAAAUCGACACUUUACGGCCCAUGAAAUAUGAACAGAUAGCUGAGUUGCUUAAUGGUAUUGCUGAGAGAUUUGACUGGGAUAAAGUGAUGGAAGGUGACUAUAUAAUUGGUUUGAAGCAGGGGAAGCAAAGCAUAUCAUUGGAACCUGGAGGUCAAUUUGAACUUAGUGGUGCUCCUCUUGAAACAUUGCAUCAAACUUGUGCAGAAGUUAAUUCACACCUGUAUCAGGUCAAAGCUGUUGCGGAAGAAAUGGGGAUUGGAUUUCUUGGGAUUGGAUUUCAGCCCAAAUGGAGAAUUCAGGACAUCCCCAUAAUGCCCAAGGGAAGAUAUGAGAUUAUGAGGAACUACAUGCCCAAAGUUGGCACACUUGGACUUGAUAUGAUGUUCAGGACAUGCACUGUUCAGGUGAACUUGGAUUUUUGUACUGAAGCUGACAUGAUCAGAAAAUUUCGUGCUGGUCUAGCAUUACAACCUAUAGCAACAGCACUAUUUGCAAAUUCACCUUUCAAGGAAGGAAAGCCCAAUGGUUAUCUCAGUAUGAGAAGCCAUAUUUGGUCGGAUACUGAUAAUAAUCGUACUGGGAUGCUUCCUUUUGUCUUUGACGACUCUUUCGGGUUUGAGCAGUAUGUGGAUUAUGCCCUCAAUGUUCCCAUGUACUUUGUGUAUCGGAACAACAAGUAUGUUGACUGCAGUGGAUUGUCCUUCCGGGACUUUUUGGAAGGGAAGCUCCCAGUUCUCCCAGGCGAGUUGCCGACACUAAAUGACUGGGAAAAUCAUCUGACUACUAUAUUUCCAGAGGUAAGGCUGAAGAGGUAUUUAGAGAUGAGAGGUGCUGAUGGAGGACCGUGGAGGCGAUUGUGUGCAUUACCUGCAUUUUGGGUGGGUAUAUUAUACGAUGAGGAUUCCUUACAAAGUGUCUUAGACAUGACAUAUGAUUGGACAAACGAAGAAAGGGAGAUGCUGAGAAACAAGGUACCGAAAUUUGGGCUUAAGACUCCGUUUCGCGAUGGAUAUGUGAAACAUAUUGCGGAGGAUGUUUUGAAAUUGGCAAAGGAUGGUUUAGAAAAGAGGGGCUUCAAGGAGACUGGAUUCUUAAAUGAAGUGGCUGAAGUGGUCAGAACAGGUGUGACCCCAGCUGAGAGGCUCUUAGAGAUGUACCAUGGAAAGUGGGGACAAAAUGUGGAUCCUGUAUUUGAGGAGCUGCUUUAUUAAGGAGCUGACAUUCUUUAACGAAGUACUGAAGUAUUUUUCAGCAUCUGGCUUGCCCUACCGGUAAAGGAUAUUAUGGACAUUCUUCGGUCACUUUUUGAUGAAUAAAGGCUUAUAUAAACACUCCAGCAAAUUAAAGUGCAACUCUGAUUCUCUGCCCUUAUAAGAAUUUUGAGUAUAUAGUUCUCAAUUUUUGUUCAUCGGGCAAUAAGUUUUUAGGAUUAUUGUAGGUCUGAUCUAAGUUGCUAACGGAGCCAGCUCCAUUGCAAACAAUUUAGCAUGAUGAUUUACAGAUUUACCAUAACAAGAUUUUGCCAAGCUUUGUUACUCGUGCAUGGUCGUCCUAACUUUCUAAUGCAAGUCUUCUAACGAAUGUUACAUGUUA